AUGGAGCUCGCCUUGGGGGCCAUGGCCGGCCUGGCUCCCAAGCUGGGCGAUCUGCUCAUGGCGGAGUACGUCGUGCAGAAGGGCCUCAAGCCCGACAUCAAGUCCCUCUCCAGGGAGCUUGUGACAAUGAAAGCUGGCCUGGAGGACUUGUCUAAGGUUCCACCGGACCAGCUCACUGAGGUGGAAAAGCUUUGGGCACGGCACAUCCGGGAGCUGUCUUAUGACAUGGAGGAUGCUGUCGAUGACUUUGUCCUGCGUGUGGCCGGCGGAGAGUGUGCAGCUGAUGCCACCGACGCCAACAUCUUCAAGAAGAUCCUUGGAAAGGCCACCGCUGCGGUGAAGAAGGUCAAGCAUCGCCGUGAGAUCUCUGACAAGAUUAAAGACAUCAAGAAACUCUCCAACGAGCUGGCUGGGCUCCGUGCCAAGUACACAGUUAGAGGCCCGGGAGCUGAUCUUGCCGCGACCACCGGCAUCGACCCCCGUGUCCUCAAUUUGUACAAGAAAGAGUCAGAUCUUGUUGGCAUUGAGGAGUCAAGGGACAAAGUCAUAAGGAUGCUGUCUAUAGGGACCAAAGAUGAUGCUCAUGCUCCUGCAUCUGAGCAAAGCCUGAAGAUAGUGUCUAUAGUUGGGGUUGGAGGAUUGGGUAAGACUACUCUAGCCAAAACAGUGUAUGAUAUGCUUAAGAACCAAUUCGGUUGUUCUGCUUUUAUUUCUGUUGGUAGAACUCCUAAUCUGACAAAGACAUUUGAGAAGAUGUUAGUGGAACUCGAUAAGAAGUAUAAGCAAGUCCACAUGGCCACAUGGGAUAUAGAGCAAUUUGGAAACGAACUGCAUGAAUUCUUACAGCAGAAGAGGUACUUCAUUGUUGUUGAUGACAUAUGGGAUAAAAGAUCAUGGGAAGCGAUAAGAUAUGCUUUGAAGGAAAAUAAUUGUGGAAGUAGAAUAAUCAUGAGUAGUCGGAAUUUUGAGGUUGUUACAAAAGCAGAAGAGGUUUACAGACUAAAACCUCUUUCUGAUGGAAACUCUAAGAAAUUAUUCUUCAAAAGAAUACAGAGUCAUAAAAUCAUAGAUAAAUGUGGCGGCAUACCAUUGGCAAUCAUUGCAAUAGCUAGUUUAUUGGUUGAAAGACCGUAUGAAGACUGGUCAAAGGUUUAUGACUCUAUUGGUUUUGGGAAUGAAGACAAUAGAACCAAGAUAGUGUCAUAUAGCUACUAUGAUCUGCCUUCUUAUCUAAAGCCAUGCAUCUUGUAUCUAAGCAAAUUUCUAGAAGAUUCUGCCAUUUAUAUAAAAGGUGUGAUUUGGAUGUGGAUAGCUGAAGGUUUUGUCCAUCUUGAUGAGAAAGAGGAGGGUAGCCUAUUUGAGGUUGGAGAAAGAUACUUCAAUGAGCUUGUCAAUAGAAGCAUGAUCCAACCAAUAGACGACUCAUCUGACCAGUUCACACAAUAUUUCCGUAUUCAUGAUAUUGUGUUUGAUCUCAUUUGUAAGUUGUCGGGUGUUGAAAACUUUAUUACUAUUUUUGAUAGCAGAGAGCAACAUGCUUUUCCGGACAGUUUAAGAAAUGAGAAGAAAAAAGGCAUGCCUCGUUCGGACAACAAGGUACGACGGCUGGCUGUCCAAAAUCACCAUGUGCAGUGCUUCCCUGAAGACACCAUGGACAUGCUAGACGUGCUGAGGUCACUUAACAUUGAAAAUAGUAAGAUUGAGAAUAUGGUCCCGCUUCAUAGGUUUAGAGUUUGUCGUGUGCUCCAUUUACAAAACUGCCAUGUCCCGAUCAGCAGCUUGAAGCAUAUAGGGAGGUUGUUGCAUCUUAAGUACUUAGAUAUAUCUUUCACAACUGUUGAAGAGCUUCCUAAGGAACUCGGGCAUCUGAAGUCUCUACAGGCACUGGUAUUAGUCAAUAUCGGGCUAGAGGAGCUACCACCGGCUGUGUGCUCACUUGCACAGUUGAUGUGCCUGGUAGCUAUAGGGUUCGAAAGGUUCCCAGUUGAUAGGAUUGGUAACCUAACGUCCCUGGAGGACCUACGGUUAGAGAGCAUAGUUGGCCGGAGUGCCGCCGAGGGCCUAGUGGCAGAGCUUGGCAAGCUGACAAAGCUGAGGGUGGUGAGCAUCACCUUUUCUGAGGAACUAGAGGAGAGCAUGCAAAAAGCUCUGGUGCGGCCGGUCUCUGUGCAGUCUGCGGGAACUGCAGGAACUAGUGCUUUCUUCUUCAGGAUCACAGCAGGGUGCCAUUGUGUGGGAAGACUGGGAGGCACCUAUGCAGCUCCGGUGCCUGCUUAUACAAGGCAUCCGCUUCACGCGGCUCCCUGGGUGGAUCAAUCGCUCCCGCCUGCCACGCCUCUGCUUCUUAUAUCUGGCAUGUACGCUGCUGAAGUUCAGGACCUGGAUAACCUAGCUAGAUUGCCAGAGCUGAGCUACCUCCAGCUAUGUGGUUUCAGCUGGCCUCCAGGGUAUACUGUUGGUAAGGAUGGCUUUAGGAAUUUGAGGUUCUGCCAUGUGGGCACAGUGCUCAAGUUUCCUAUGGGCGCCAUGCCAAGGCUCGAAGAGCUGUGGUUUCGCGUUUAUGCAGGGUAUUGGAGUUGGGUAGUAAAUGAUGUGCUGUUGGAGCAGUUCCCAACAAAGGAUGAAAUCGAAGAUCUUGACUUGGGCCGGGAUAACCUCCUUUCACUUGAGAAAGUCACCGUCAGAGUUGACUGCUCGGGUGCUACUGCCGCAGAAGUGCAGGAGGUGGAGGCCAUGAAAGCGAGGAUCUGGUGA